AUGGACAUCGGCCUCUCCGUGUGCUUCGUGGGUGGCGCGCUGCUCGUUUCGCCACAGGUUGAACAGUACUCGCUGUGCUUCAUCUUCAGCCUGGCGGGAUUGGUGCCCGUCACCCCAGCGGGCCCCAAGGCCGCAGGCAUGCCGCUGACCCCCGCCGGCUUCAGCCCGGCGCCGGGCAGCGCGCAGCCGUUCACGCCCGCCUACGGCGCCAUGCCAG